AUGAUGCAACCGUCCGUUUCCACAGCCGCAGCGACCUCGACUGCGGCUUCCAUCCCUGUCGCUGAAGCAGGAGGAGACGCUUAUACUGGAAGCUCAACGACUUUCCCUGCGACGGAAAUGUUGCGCCAGCUCUCAACGCAGUUUAAGUCGCAGAUUUCUCAAGUGCAAGUGCCUACUGCGAUAAAGGAACGCACCGAUGAGCUGGAGCGCCGCAUCUCCAGCACUGAUAUUUCACGCAUUAAUGGCUAUAUGCGACUGGUGAAUAUCGUGUUUUCCGCUGGUCUCUGGGUCACGUGCUUCAUCCGAAUGUUUCAAGUGCCCAGCUACUCGCACUUCCUCGUUAUCAUCUACAUCAUGUUUCUAAGUGCAGGACUCGCCUUUGUUGAAAAUCAUGAGCGGUUCCCAUCGGUUGCGAACCGCGUCAAGAUUAACUUUGGGUUCAUGUUCUCGGCCACAGGCAAGGCGUCUUAUAUUCUCUGUAUCGCGUUUCUCGCUGUCUCUCAGGGCUGGAUCGGCUGGAUAAUCGGCAUAUGCUUCUUCUUUUUGGCUCUGUUUAACUUUUUCCUCAUCAACAGGCACCCUGCAUACAAGGCCGCUAUGAUGCAGCCGACUGGCGUUGCCGCUACCUCGGCUCAAGAGCAGGAAGAGGCAGAUCUGGAGGCCAUGCCGGAGCUUCGUUAUAACCAGAAGGAGGCCCAGAUCCCCGCACAUGGAAUGUCCACCGCUACCAUGGCCCAGCCGUCACACGUGUCGGUCUAA